AUGAGUGGAUGUGUGCGAGGAUACCCUCUCGCCAUGCACGACCAAGCUGAAAAGAUCAAGGCUUACGAACUCAGAAAGCAGAAGAAGGGAGAGUUGCUCAACCAGCUCCAGACCCUCAAGACCGAGCUUGCCACUCUCAGAGUCGGUCAGGUCAAGGCUGCUGCCCCAAGCAAGCUUGCCAAGAUUAAGGUUGUCCGCAAGUCAAUCGCCCGUGUCUUGACUGUGUUCAACACCCAGAGAAAGAACCAGCUGCGUGCCUACUACAAGGACACCCCAAGAAACAGACUGCCAACUGAUCUCCGCAAGAAGAGAACCAGAGCCAUCAGAAGACGUUUGACCUCUGCUCAGCAGACCGCCAAGCCAGUCAAGGUGUUGAAGCAGUUGCAGCACUUCAGAACCCGCACUUUUGCCGUCAAGGCUUAA